UUCAUUUCACGGCACUUCCGAGUACUAGCUAGCCUUAAGAGCAAGCUAACGCUCAAUUUUUUAGUUAUUAGUCGCGUCUUCAAGUUCACUAAUCAUCAUAUGUCUUUGUAGUAUAUGGUUCUUGACCGAGUUCACACACUUCAGUGAUAAAUCUGAUGUACUUUCGAUUGGUAUUUGACAAGCAAACGACACUCGUCGAUGCAACGCGUCAGCUAAAAACAAAGCUGCUAGCUUUAGCCGUCCAUGUGCGUGCAAAGCAGCGAUGAGACGCAGACGGAUCCCGCGGCUGCUGCUGCAGCAGCUGCAGAGGUUCAUAAUAAUGCACUAUAUUUUCUUUGUACUCCUCUUUCAUCCCGCUGCGUAUCAGCCCGGUGAAGCGUGCGCUGCCGCCGCGGCGGAGGAGGGGGGAACCAGCACCGACACCCUGAUACUGUGCAGGGCGUGCGGACACGAGCUGGCGGUCGGGGCGAACAUCCACUUUGUCCCCAGCCAGCUGGCACUGUCCAGCCGCAACGACACGCUGGUCGGGGGCCGACGGGUUAACGUCCAGCUUUUUGAAAACCCCCACGGACACCAGUUUGAGGUGAUCACGUUCAGAAAAGCGGACGUUACCCAGCACUGGCCGGCAGAUAAACACUUCUCCUGGUUCCCGGGCUUCUCGUGGACGGUGGCCACCUGUCCUCGGUGUAAAACUCAUUUAGGUUGGGCCUUCCAGCCCGGCGACUGGCCAGAUACAAUCACAAAAACCAAAUUUGAGGAGUCGGAUCACACCUUCUUGGCUUUAAUCACCCAUCGACUGUUAAGAGAAGACUUUGCUUCGAGCCUGCUAAUGACUCCAAAAUCCUUCAUGAGUUGAUGGACUUUUGACUGUGUAAUUAACCCAGGUGCCUUUGCUGCUACCUUUUUUAAAAAAAAUAAGUUUCUAUGCACCCCCUCGGUUUGAAGACUCCCACACGUGUAUACACAGUAAGUUUUAUUAUUGUAACAAAGCAAGUUGUACACCUCAAAUUUAAAACAGUUUCUUUUCCCCCCAGCGGAAAAGGAAAGGGUGAUUAGAUGUAAAUUCUAUGAGAUAACAGGUGUUUUUUUUUUAACCCAUGAAGCAGUGGGGGCCAAAAUUUACAAGCUUGUUUUUUUUUCCAUUUUGUUCUUUAUUAAAAAUGUCAUUUCAAAUCUCAUGGAUAUCUGUAAAACAAUACAAUGAAAAGAAAAAAAAAGUCCCAUAGAAAUGAUGUCAAAAUAACCACUCUCCCCAAUAACCAACAUACUCCUGCCCCUCCCCAGCUUACCCCACCCCCCACCCCAAACAUUACAAGUCAAAGGAAUGAGCUGGUACUCUUUAACCACAUAGGGGAAAAAUAACAGUUUUUUCAAGGGAUCAACGCCCCACCUGAAAAAAAAAAAAAUUAUAUGGGGGAAAAAUAUUGAGAGGUUUGCUAGCACUAGGUCACUACACCAUGGCUUUAGUCAAUUUACCACACAACCUUUAACAGAAGGAAUUCUGUGUGAGUUAUCUUCAAAUUCUACUCAGGGUGCCGUGCUGAUUCUAUUUUUAUUCUUUUUUUAUUAUUAUUUUUGAGAUGACUUUGGGGAUGACGCUCACAAUUCAGGGCAAAGUGCCAUUGGCCUUAGAUGAGUCAAAGGAGAACAUAACAUGGCACCAACAGGUGAAGAGGCUUCAGAAUGGAAAAUGAAGCACACACAAUU